AUGAACCUGGCUCCAUUCUGCCACCUCUCGCUGCUCUUUCUUCUUGUUGUAAACCGAGCAGGUGUGUAUGGGAACAGAAUCAUCGGGGGUGCAGAGGUGUACCCCUACUCCAUCAAGUAUCAAGCCUCCCUCCUUUUCAUGAACUACCAUUUCUGUGGAGGCACCCUCGUCCACCCGCAGUGGGUGGUGUCUGCCGCCCACUGCUGGAGGCCGAGUCACCUGAUCCAAGUGGUCCUGAGUGAGCACAGCAUCUCCAAGGUGGAGGGCUUUGAGCAGAUUUUCAAUGUCUCCUUAGUCGUCAGGCACUACCAGUACCAACACUGGACGUUUAACAAUGACAUCAUGCUGAUAAAGUUGGACCGGCCAGCUAUCAUCAAUGCCAGGGUCAAGCUGGCCCCCUUGCCAGAUCCAGACUCGCCUCCGCUGGCUGACCUUGCCCGCUGCACAGUCAGCGGUUGGGGCGUGACCUGGCUCAACAGCUACAGCCUGUCACCUGUACUGAGGUCUGUGGACGUGGACAUCUUCUCUAACUGCUGGUACUACUACUACUUCAGGAUCACGGAGAACAUGAUCUGUGCUGGCUCGAUCUUUGGUGGGAAAGAUUCCUGUCAGGGUGAUUCAGGUGGACCUCUUGUCUGCAACGGUAAAUUUGAGGGUAUUGUAUCUUGGGGCAUCGGCUGUGCCUAUGCUUACUACCCUGGCGUCUACACCAGGGUCAGAAACUACCUCGGAUGGAUCAACUGGGUCACCCAGAACAGCUGAUGAGACUCUGAACAACAAGCGCACCUAAGACUCUACUGUGAGGAAGAUUUGAAUGGAUCCUAAUGGACCCAAAGGCCUUAAUGAAUAUUUUUUGCUGUCUUUUAUACAGUACUUUUAUAUAAACAUGAAUAUAUUUACUUAAAAGAAAUUAUCUGUAACAUACAUCCCAUGAGUGUGAACUCAUUAAAGC